ACGAGAAACAAAAAAGAAUCCCGAGACGAAGGAUCCAAAAAAUCGAUCGAGCAAGUUUGGACAUGGAAUCAGAGUCGAAAAUGGCGGAGAUAGAACUGCAGCAACCGGACCGUGGAGAGAAGAAUGAUGCAGCGCCGCAAUCAAUCUUCGCCAAAGCCCAUCGUCCUAUCGAUCUUAAAUUCGAAGAUGUGGUGUACAAGAUCAAGACGAAGGAGAAGCGCGGGGAGAACAAGGGAAAGCAGCGGGAGAGGGUGAUCCUGAAUGGGAUUUCGGGUACAGUGUAUCCGGGGGAGAUGAUGGCGAUGCUCGGGCCCUCGGGGAGUGGGAAGACGACGUUGCUGACGGUGCUUGCCGGCCGCGUGGCACGCACUCAACGCCUCACCGGCAGCGUCACCUACAACGGGAAGCCCUUCUCCAGCUCGCUCAGGCGCAGGAUGGGGUUCGUGAUGCAGGACGACGUCCUCUACCCGCACCUCACCGUCACGGAGACCCUCGUCUUCACCGCGCUCCUCCGCCUCCCUGGGACCCUCUCGCGCCGGGAAAAGGCCGAGAAGGCGGAGGCCGUCAUCGAGGAGCUCGGCCUCACCGCGUGCCGUGACAGCAUCAUCGGCGGCACCUUCGUGCGCGGGGUCUCCGGCGGAGAGCGCAAGCGGGUGAGCAUCGGCCAAGAGAUGCUCAUCAACCCGAGCCUGCUGUUUCUGGACGAGCCCACCUCGGGUCUCGACUCCACCAUUGCCGGGCGAAUCGUGUCCACCCUCGCGGACCUCGCCAAGGGCGGCAGGACGGUGACGAUGACCAUCCAUCAGCCGUCGAGCCGCCUCUUCUACAUGUUCCACAAGAUCCUGCUGCUGUCAGAGGGUAACGCCAUAUACUACGGCAGAGGUAGUGAGGCCAUGGGCUAUUUCGCAAGCAUCGGUUACUCCCCUGCUAUGCCCAUGAAUCCUGCCGACUUCCUUCUCGACCUCGCUAACGGCAUCUCCUUCAAUGAAACAGUCGAAGGUACAGCAUCUACUAAAGAAGCUUUAGUGGAUGCUUAUAACCACCACUUGCGUGGUAAGGUUGCAGAAGAGCUUUCAGGCCUGAGCCAACAACUUGAUCAGCAGCAACACGAGGCGGAGAAGAUGACGAAUCAGUGGUGCACUACUUGGUGGCAACAAUUCACGGUGUUACUGCAAAGGGGACUCAAGGAAAGAAGGCAUGAAACCUUCGCCGGGAGAAAGGUGGCACAGGUGAUUAUAUCAGCUCUCAUCGGAGGAAUCCUAUGGUAUGGUUCGGCAGGUCACAUCCAGGAUCAGGCGGGGCUUCUCUUCUUCAUCGCUGGAUUCUGGGCUUACUACGCAUCGUUCCAAGCAAUAUUUACAUUCCCACAAGAGCGCACCAUGCUGAGCAAGGAGAGGUCCUCCGGGAUGUACCGGUUGUCAUCCUACUUCAUCGCCAGAACGUUGGGGGACCUGCCCAUGGAGCUCAGCCUCCCUAUCGCCUUCGUCACCAUCACGUACUGGUUGGGCGGCCUCAAACCUGUGGCGAGCAGCUUCUUAAUCUGUCUCUCGGCCUUGCUGCUGAGCGUGGUGGUGGCGCAGAGCCUAGGGCUGGCGAUCGGGGCGUUCGUCACGAACCUCAAGUCCGGGUCGGCGCUCUUAACGGUGCUCAUGGUCAUCUUCCAGCUCGCCUCCGGGUUCUACGUGCAGAACGUCCCGCCCUUCAUUUCGUGGGUCAAGUACGUCUCCUUCAACUACUACACAUUCAAGCUGCAGAUAGCGUCGCAGUACUCUCCCACCGACACAUACCAGUGCACUCGCACCACCACAUGCCCCGUCUCGGAGUUCCCCUCCUUCAAGUUGCUUGGCUUCGACAAAAGAGCCUUGUCUGUGAUAGCAUUGUUCCUCAUGAUGUUUAUCUUCAGAUUUAUUGCUUACCUGGGUCUCCUGAGGGUUGGGAUCCCCAAAUAA